UGCGAACGUAGCAAUUUUAAAAAAUCGUGUGCCGCUAUUUUGUCAAACUAGUUUGCGACGAAACCAGUCUGUUUGACGGCGGUGCACCUCGGGCCCCGCCCACACCGCAAAAACCGAAACUCGGCUGCCGCUUAACCCCUUCGGUGGCGGCCCGGCCGCCAGGUGGCUCCUCCGCGGGAGGGAAGGGGUCGCGCGGGUCGCGGGGUGGGGCAGAGGUGCCGCCUCCGAGGCCUAUCUUUCAGUCCGCUCGCCGACUCGGACAGGACAGGACACUCGCUCGCGAGAGGAUACGCUCGCCACUGACAAUCGGCACCGCACACGCACUUUUUCGCAGACGGCGCAAGGAGUUGGGCUUGGUGGAGGGCGGCGAGCAGGCGGGCCCUGUGUUCCUCACAGCCACACACAUGGCUGAGCUGGGGGCAGCCGAGGGGUCCGCGCCACCCCGCGCUGACGGCGACCCCGACAGUUGGAGAGCCUAUUAUGAACACCCCCUCACCGCAGCAACCUCAGCAAUGCUAAACAUCAGCGGCGGGGGCCACGAAGAGCAACAGUCCACUUCGAUGGGCUUCCUCUACGAAUACUACAAGCCCCAAGACAAGGAAGGUUUGAAGAUCGUCCCACAGGCCAAUGCCGCCACCCUGGCCGCUGCUUCCACCCUGAGCGAUCUGUGGCAGACGUCCAACUCGGGAAUGCUUCCUCCGCACCAUCACAAGCCGACCAAUGGCCUCUCGGUGGGCGGGGCAGGUCUGCUCUCUGGCCCGUCCCACGAGUACUCGUCGUCGCCGCCGGCGGCGCCCGCGGCGGCGCCGAGCCCGGCGCGGGACGGCGCCGAGUCUCCGCGACGCGCGUCGCCAGCGGGGGCAGAGCUGCUGUUCGCGGCGCCCAACCUCAGCGUGAAGCGCGAGCCCGAGGACCUGAGCCAACCUGUGCCGCGCAAGCAAAUGCUGCUCGACAGGGUCAUCGACGCCGCCAAGCAGGUGGCGCCGACUAGACACGCCGCCGACAGCGUGCUUGUGCUCGGCAGGAAGGCCGUCAAGGUAAGGGACGAAUUCGGUGGUCGGGGCAGCCCCGUGGACGAGGCCCUGCUACUGAAGGCGCCGAUUCCGCCGUACGCGACGCAAAUGUUUGGCGUGGCGUCGAGCGGCGGUUCCACCUUCGACUACUCGCCGGCCUCGCAGCAAUCACAGCAGGCGGCCAGCCAGUACGCGGCCGCUUCUCCCGGCCGCACCACAAGCGGCGCCACCUACACCGAUCCGUACUACCGCGACUACUUCAGCGCCGACUACCAGCGCCAGUACGCGUCGGCGGACGGCGCCGACGCGGCCUCCAGCGUCGCCACGAGCACCGCCAGCGCGAUUUCGAGUGCCUUCGUCGAGCGGUACGUGCGCCAAAGCGCCGUCUACAAGACGGGCAAUGUCGCCUUGACGGUCGACCUGCCGUCGCCGGACAGCGGCAUCGGCACCGACGCCAUCACCCCCAGGGACCAGACUUCCAUGCAACAGAGCUUCGACUACACGGACAUGUGCCAGAACCCGAUGAUUCCUGAGACGCUGAACCAGCAGCGGUCCAGCAGUGCCAACAGCCUCGCCUCCCCCAACGCCUCCAACACGUCGAUCGGCACCCCCGGGGGCCGCUCCAGGCCGUGGCACGACUUUGGAAGACAAAACGACGCGGACAAAGUGCAGAUUCCGAAAUUAUUUUCUCAGUACGGUUUCCGGUACUUCUUGGAAACGCCGAUCUCGACGAGUCAGCGACGCGAAGACGACAGAAUCACCUACAUCAACAAGGGCCAGUUUUACGGAAUCACCCUCGAGUACCUGCCUGACCCUGAGUCGGCCAUCAAGUUCCAAACUGUCAAGAGCGUGGUGAUGCUGAUGUUCCGCGAGGAGAAGAGUCCAGAGGACGAGAUCAAAGCGUGGCAGUUUUGGCACAGCCGCCAGCACAGCGUCAAGCAGCGCAUCUUGGACGCAGACACAAAGAACAGCGUUGGACUGGUGGGAGUGAUAGAAGAGGUUGCUCACAAUGCCAUCGCCGUCUACUGGAAUCCUCACGAGUCGUCAGCAAAGAUCAACGUGGCCGUCCAGUGUUUGAGCACAGACUUCAGCAGUCAGAAAGGCGUCAAGGGCCUGCCGCUGCACUUGCAGAUCGACACCUACGAAGACCCGAGGGACGGACCAGUUGCCCACAGAGGAUAUUCCCAAAUUAAGGUCUUUUGUGAUAAGGGAGCCGAGCGCAAAACGCGGGACGAGGAGAGACGAGCGGCCAAGCGCAAGAUGACGGCCACCGGCCGCAAGAAGCUGGAUGAACUGUACCACCCACCGGCCGAGCGCACAGAGUUCUACAGCAUGAGCGACCUGGCGAAGCCCCCGGUGCUCUUCUCGCCGGCCGAAGACAUUGAUAAGCUGACCUCAAUGGAGCUGCAGGGAUUUUACGGACAUCCUGACCCGGACAGUUCUAGUCUUUCAAAUGGGGACGGAGCGCUGGGCCGGUCGCAUGUGGCGUCUCCGACGUACCUGCUGCACGCCAAGCCAUUCCACCACCACCCUCCCACCCCAACCACUUUAAAGUUCCACAACCACUUUCCCCCAGACCACCCAGGAUUCGGUCAGGAAAAGAAAGAUGUACUGGAAGACACGGUCUUCAACAGUCCUACCCAGCCACCAUUGAAAAGGCCGAAGCUGCAACCUUCCCCGUCACCGAUUCACCAUCAGGUGGCGCACAGCCCUGGCAGCCUAAGCAGUGGAGGUCCACCGCCGUUGAGCGAAAGGGUAAUGCUGUACGUGCGGCAGGACACAGAGGACAUCUACACACCCUUGCACGUGGUGCCACCAAGCACAGCGGGGCUCAUGCACGCAAUUGAAUCAAAGUACAAAAUUUCAACUUCCGCCAUUUCUAACUUGUAUCGCAAAAACAGGAGGGGGAUUAUAGCCAAACUUGACGACGACAUGCUGAGGUAUUACCUGAACGAGGACCUGUUCAUCGUCGAGUUCAAGCAGGUCAAGGACGAAGAUUUGUAUGAGGUGACCUUGUGCGAGGUGGACGACCGCUGACCUGUGUAGCGCAGCGCUAUUAGUGCCAUUAACUCCCGUAUAACACCCUGAUAUGCAUUAUUUGAUACGAAAAGAAGAAGCAUCGAAAAUCAAACGCUGUGAUUCGACGAUGAAAUUCGCACACAAAUUUUCCGGUCCGAGAGCCAAUCGAACAAACUCACACGACUCGACGAGAGUACAAAAACAAAAGAUUUUGUCUUUUGCACACAGAGAAUUUGUGUUUAUCGACGAUGAUUUUGUCUCAUUUUUUAUAAAUAUACACCUAAGUUGUUAAUUUAAAACGAAAGGCUAUUUUGUGUACACAUUGUGUUUUUACAAGUUGUAGUUGUGUAAAAAUUAAUGCUCAAUAAGAAGUGUUUGCAUGCUUAGUUUUAAUUAUGGAGCUGACGCGAAGGAAAAUAUUGUACUAAAUGAAAGGCGUUCGGGGCGGUGGAUUUCUCAAUGAACAAUCAACGGCUCAAAUGCCAACUGUAUAGUGUUUGCUCAAAUUCUCUCGCAAACGAAAUUCUGCUAAAGAUUGUUGCGGGCCAAGCUCGCGUUUAUUUGGAUCUUGCGCUGUUUUCUGUGAUUUUUAAGGUUUUCAUUUGUCUAAUCAGUAUCGGCGUCAGCAGCUGGGAAAAAAUUAAAUGAGACCGUCUUUGUCAAAUCCACCGCCGAAAUUUUUAACUCUCUAUGCUCUAUGAGAAUGAAAAGUCGUAAGAGGAAAAAAAGAAACAAAAAUGUUUUGUGUUAAUUUAUUUGAUCUCAAGUGAAAAGAAUCCAAUCAAACUCAAAAGUGUAAAUCAAAAUCAGACCUGAUUGUGCUCAAGUAAUAUCAAACUCAUUCAUAGACGCACUCAAGGCGUAGCGCUCCUUGCCAACACCAACAAUGAUCCGAUUGUUGCUCACAAUAAUCAAAAUGUAAUGAACAGGACAAAUAUUGUAUUCUCGUUUGCCAUCCGCCUCUCCCUCUCUAGAUAAUUUCGUAUGUACAGCUCUCUCAUCUGCCUAACCCUUUGUACAAUUAAUUAUUUUUUGACACGAUGUAUUUUGUAUGGAUUUAAAUAAAAAAUAUCAACCCCUGUCGCAAUAUAAUUGUUAUAGGGCAGGCCGCGCAGCAACACAAAACACGUAUAUUAAUUAAUGUAACAAAUUGGGCCAGCCAACAAUGGAUGAUCGCGAUCUCGAGCAGUGCCCUCGUCGUUAUUAUUUUUUGUUUUAACUAUAUAUUUUGCAUGAUGUGUACUCUCUGUGCCAUUUUUACACUCACGAUCCAAUGUAAACACAAUACACACGACACACUUCACUUGUUUGUUUUCUUAACUUCACUGCCCGCCAACAAUCGAGUAGCAACAAUGAAUAUGUUUUGUAAUAGUAGUGUAACUGGUAGCAACUUCCGGCCCGCCGGAAACUCAUUUGAACCUGCGAAUCUGGUGUUGAAAUCAAAACGAUCACAAAUAAACUGCCUUGGGGAUUCUGUUGUACUUAAAUGAUCAAA